AUGAACGGGCCAGAGCUGUGCUUCGUUUGGGAACCCGAAGUAUCGACGAGUCGGGCAUCUCCGGCAACUCUGGCUGCGGAUUUGGGACUGGGAUCGGGUAUGGGACUGACGCCGGCAUCGAGGUCGGGUAAUAACUCGGAGACGGCAUCGAAGGACUCGAAAGAGGACACGUCAACGAGCAUGACGUCGUCGGUAUCGAAGGCACCGAGCACGAAUAAUUACGAGGAGAUUGAUGACGUGUUUAAUGAGGAAUUGCUGACGUGCGCGAUUGCAGAGUUGGACGUGUGUUCGGUGUGUUCGAGAAUGCAUUCGGGUGUUCUUUGCGACAGUAUGAUAACCCCAUCGACGAUUUCAAGGAAUGACUCAUUGAAUUGUGGCAGAAUUGAAGCGGGUGGUGACAGCCGGCUGGAGAGAAAUGUGCAUUAUUUGGAUGAGUUUAUGCGAUCGAGUGAUACGAGUGGUGGUGCGACGAAAUCAGAGACUACGCUGGAUGGAGAGGGUAGGAGAUCGCGUUUAAUGGCUAGUUUCGCAUCCGCGUCAUCGGAACUCGAGGAGAGUCAGAGCACGGCAACGGAGGAACUGCAGGAGGUGGCCAGAAACGAGUUCUUCCCGAAUACACCGCAAGAUUUAUCGAUGCUUUUAAGGAGAGGGCAAGGCGCGGACGGGUGCGAAACGGGGGUGACCCCCGUGGAGGGGGGGUACACCCAGGGGGGUGCGCAGUUGACGGGGUACGAGAGCUAUCUGGAGGGGGGAGGUCGUGGUCUUGGGACGUUUGAGGCCAAUAUGCAUAAAUCUGAUUCGGUGCACACUCAGGCGUCUAGUUUCUCGAAUGUUUCGGAAGACGGAGAGGGGGAGAGUGAAAAUACAAUUGGAAAUCAAGAGAAGCAGACGGAAAAGACGUUGGAGAGUGUGGAAAAUGAGGAUACGGAAAAGAGAAACGGUGCGGAGGGUGAUGGCGAAGAGCCUCAACAACAAGCAAUGUUUUCGUCAGCAGGUGAUUCGGGUAUUACGGGCACAAUCUCAACGCAUAGUGACUUGAGCGCGUCGUGCGUUGCGGUGCGGUCGCCUAGCGGUGGGAAGGUUGGUAUUUGUCGUAUGUUUUUAUUAUGCGCGCGCGUGCGUGCAAUACGCUUCGCUGCACGGAACGCGAUACGCACGCACGAAGGCACGCGAGCUGAGCGACAUAUUUUGCAGCCAACGGACGAGGGUUACGCGGAGCCGGAAGUGGAGGACGAUGACGCGACGCGUGAC